UGGCUUCAUUUUUCCCUUGAUUGAUUGAGCAAGAGCAAUGAAGAGGACACCCAUGGUGGUGCCCUUUUUAGCUCUUCUUUCUCUAAUAUUCGUCUCCACUAAAAUCCAUCCAUAGCACACCUUCUUUGAUCCAAUAAUUCAACCAAACCAAUCACCAAACAAAAAAUUCCAAAGAUCCCACUUACCAAAACCCCUAUUUCUACCUUGUAUUUGAUCCAUUUCCAGGAAAGAUUCUUACUCAAGAUGGAUCUUGAUGAGUGGGAAUUCCUUCCCGAUCGAAGGUUCCUAGAUUUUCCUGAAGAUUCCGAUGAGAAAAAAAUCAUCUCAGGGAAGCGUAGUUACAGUUCUAAAACAUUUUUUGAUAUGAAUUACUUCUCACCAAACUCUCCAGGAUCAAGAUCAAAUUCUGGGAAAGUACCCAAACAGCUUGUUCCAAUUCCUUUUGACCUGGAACCAGGACUUGGAAAGUCUCCAGCUCCAGGUGAUGAAUUUUCUAAAGAAAUCAUCAUCAAAACUCCUGUAGAUGUUAAUUUUAUCCCGUCCGUGAUCGCUGAGAAGAUCAACAAGGGUCCUGUUAUUGGAUCCCUUGAAGCCGAUCAAGACUCAGUGUCACAAGUUUUCUUCAAGAAAAUGAAGGAAAAUGAAUUUGUCGACAUGAAAAUGGACUCACCGAAGUCCCCAACUUCAAGAAACCUCAUGCCUCAGGUUGAUCCAGGCACGUUCAACUUUGAGGACAAGAGUGACCAGGCCCUGGAAGGAAUGAAUUGUCAUUCUCCAAGGAAGACCACCAUCGAUUUUGAAGCUGAUCGGAAACAAGAAGCCACUUGGGAGGAGGAGGAGGAGAACGGUGGAGGCCUUAGUCUUUGGAAAUGGAGCUUAACAGGGGUUGGCGCUAUUUGCUCCUUUGGUGUUGCUGCCGCCACCAUUUGUAUCAUCAUCUUUGGCAGUCAACACAAGACUAAACAACAACAAAAUCAGAAGCUUCGUUUCCAAAUUUAUACUGAUGACAAGAGUGACCAGGCCCUGGAAGGAAUGAAUUGUCAUUCUCAAGGAAGACCGCCAUCGAUUUUGAAGUGA